AUGUUAUUCAAAUCAAUUAGUCAAAUCAUUAAUUCAAAACCAUUAAACUUGGUUAACAAAAUAAAUACCAAUACAAAUGAAAAUGGAUUAAACUUUAAACAAAAUGAAAUUAGUUCAACAGACUUAUAUGCAAAAUCAUUAUUCUUUGUUAAACCUUGCUAUUGUUUUUAA